AUGGAUGAAAGUAUGGAGUUACAACAAGACUUCUCAGAUAGUGUUCCAUCUGUACCACCUAAUCAACCAAUGGAGACAGAUGGUGACCAAGCGCAAAGUACCGUAGUCCCAACAAUUGCACCUACUGGACCACAAUCUGGAAAACAUGAAGAAUUUUCAGUUGAAAAGGUAUUGGAUCGAAGAAUAAGAAAUGGGAAAGUGGAGUACCUUUUGAAAUGGAAGGGUUAUUCUAAUGAAGAUAACACUUGGGAACCAGAGGACAAUUUAGACUGUCCAGAGCUUAUUUCAGCUUAUGAAGAAGCAAGACUUAAGAGGGAAAGGGAGGCAGCACCAGUUGUUGCAGAGACUGUGGAAGAAGCUCCUUCAACACGGAAGAGAACUCGUAGAGGAGAUAAAAAGAAGACAAAACUUGAAGAAAUCGAAAAACCUCGUGGUCUAAGUAGAGGUCUGCCACCAGAAAAAAUACUAGCUGGGCAACUAUUUCAUGGAAUCCUGUAUUUCUUAGUUAAAUGGCAAGGAUGCUCGGAAGUAGAUGUGGUACCUGGUCAUAGUAUGGGCGAGGCGUUCCCAGAUUUCGUCAUAGAUUAUUACUCUCGCUGCGCACCAUUCAGCGUCAGACAUCCUGUGGGAAAAGUACGCAGGGCUGCUCCAGAGCUUCCACUUACGGAGUCCACUAAUGUUACUACAAUGGAAGUCCAAAAAGUCAUAAGUCAAUCAGAAGCUUCAAACGAAACUCCAGCAGAAGCACCAGCAGAUGCAACGCCAUCUGUACCACAAACGACAGAAACCGAGGCGCCUCCAAUCGAAGUCUCUGUUAACUGA